CAACACCAUUUGAAGCCGAAGAAAGUGCAAUAGAGAAUUUGUUUCUAGCACAACCCUCACGCGCCUCCCCCCUAUAUAUUCCCCUGCUACCAAAUCCUUCAUUCAUAAUAUUCAUUCACCUGCUUUUCACUUCACAAUUCAAAAUGAAUCAACAACAACAACAACUCGAAGACCUAGGGUUCUGCCCUAGCUUCAGCUGCUAUUCCUCCGAUACUCAACCAUCCGCUACCGCCGUUGCCGCCGGUAGAAUCAGCCGUCAGUUGUUACAACAACAACAACAACAGGCAAAUCGAUUUCACGAUGACGACGAAUUCGAGUUCUCGUUAGUCAUCGGAGACGAUGAAUUCUCACCGGAAGAUGUCGAUAACAUCGAUUCUAUUUCUACCGGCCGUUCAGUUUUUCCUCUUUUUAACCGUGAUCUGUUGUUGAUUGAUGAAGACUGUGAAAACAGGAAAACAAAACUUGCAGAAGAAGAAAUUGACCUUACGACGACGUCGUUGCGUAAGCUGUUUAUCACCGAGCGAGAACAAUCCGGUUGUUCUUCUUCGUCGGAAGACGAAUCGGAAAGUGAUGCUCAGGCGGUGUUUUGUGUGUGGAGGAAUAAAAACGACGCCGGAGCAUCUCCGUUAAGUAAAUGUAAAAAAAGUAGAUCUACCGGAUCCGGAGCAGGAUCCGGAUCCGGAUCGAGACGGUGGAGGAUAAGAGAUUUUCUACGGCGGAGUAAUAGUGAAGGUAAGGAGCCGAUGGUGAUGUUUGCUCAGAAGAAAGUUGAGACGCCGAAACGGAAAUUGAGUUCCGGUGAAGGUUUGGUGACUGCCGGAAAGUUAAAACCAUCGUCUCCGUCGGUUCAUGAGGUUUUUUAUGUGCAGCAACGAGCGAAACGUGAAGGUGUUAAGAGGAGGUCGUAUUUGCCGUACAGGCAAGGAUUGGUAGGGUUUUUCAGCAAUGGUAAUGGGAAGAAAGCGUAGAGAAUUCGACUGAACCUUAUUUAGAGGAAGGAGAAGUCGUAACAAGGUUUAUGCGCGUCUUGAUGAAUCACAAUUUUGGUGUUGCUAUUUUAUCUAGUGUUGUAAGGCAUGGAUGAUUGGAUUAUUCUGAUUAAUAAAUUUGUAAAUAUAUAAAUGAUAAAUGAAAAUAAUUUAAGUUUUAAUUAUUA